AAACACAUGUUCCUAUAGUGUUCGGUAAACUUAAAUAUUCAACGGUGUAAGUUAAAUAUGGAACAAAGCAAAGAACCGACUGUGGCUAAAGAGGCGGUACUGCAAGAAAGCUCCAAACUGCCAGAAAACACUCCGAAAGUAUGCGGCUACGAUUGGAACGAAGGUUACAGCUAUGAGAAACUGUUCAGCUCGUACAUCUACAGUGGGUUCCAGGCGACGAAUCUCGGGAAAGCGAUUGAAGAAGUUAACAGAAUGAUUAUUGCACGCUCUUUGCCACUCCCAGAAGACAAAUUGGAUGAGUACGAAGAGGAUGAAUUCAUAAGAAGGCAAAAGAACUGUACCAUAUUCCUAGGCUAUACGUCCAACAUGGUGUCGGCUGGAGUGCGGGAAACGAUACGCUUUCUCGUACAACACCGCAUGGUGGACUGCAUCGUAACAACGGCCGGAGGCGUUGAGGAAGAUCUAAUCAAAUGUUUAGCUCCAACGUACCUCGGUUCGUUCGAGCUGGUCGGACGUGAGUUGCGCGAACGUGGCAUUAAUCGGAUUGGAAAUCUGCUCGUACCGAAUGAAAACUACUGCAAGUUUGAGAAUUGGGUCAUCCCGAUCCUGGAUGAAAUGCUAGAAGAGCAAAAAAGCAAGGGAACACUUUGGACACCAUCAAAGGUGAUCGCUAGAUUGGGUGAAAAAAUCAACGAUGAAUCAUCGAUUUACUAUUGGGCGGCCAAAAAUCGUAUCCCAGUGUUUAGCCCAGCCCUCACCGAUGGGAGUCUCGGUGACAUGAUGUACUUCCAUUCGUUUCGUAAUCCGGGUUUGGUGGUAGAUAUUGUGUCGGAUUUGCGCCGGCUCAACACGAUGGCCGUGAAGGCGGUUCAGUCGGGCGUCAUCAUUGUGGGCGGUGGUGUUAUAAAACAUCACAUUUGUAAUGCGAAUCUGAUGCGAAACGGGGCGGACUAUUCGGUGUUUAUUAACACGGCAUCGGAGUACGAUGGAAGUGAUAGUGGGGCACGGCCAGAUGAAGCUGUGUCGUGGGGUAAGAUUAAAAAGGAUGCUACGCCGGUGAAGGUGUACGCCGAAGCUAGUCUGGUGUUUCCGAUACUGGUGGGGGAAACGUUUGUUAAGGAUCAUUAUCGGAAAAAUAAAGCAGAUGCUUAG